GACCUCCCUCUGUGUCUCUCUCUGGUGCAAUGGAAUUGCGAUAAUCUAGGUAGUUAGCGAGGCCGACGAGGCGAGACACAUACGUCAGGCUGGCAUCGGAGGUACCAAAGGCUUGUUUCCGAGUAGGUUACGGGGAAGGUAUAAAGGUGCACGGGAAGUAAGCUCUUGGAAGGAUUCAAUCAAUUCACAUCUCACCACCACUCCCACUUCCAUACAACAAACAAUCAACAAACAAUCGACCUUUACUUCAUCAAGCAAAACAGUCAGCUCUCUGCAAGCCACAUCUCAGAACUUUAAAACUCUCCACACUUUCCCAAUUGACAAACUUCCAACCACCACAAUCCCACCUUCACAAAUUCACGAUGUCUACCAUCACGAACGUUGCCGUUGUCGGUGCUAGUGGACGCAUCGGAUCUCACUUCGCCAACUCCCUCCUUGCCUCUGGAAAACACACCGUCACUGCCAUCUCCCGCCACGACAGCUCAGCUAGCCCUCCCGCCGGUGUUGUCAACAAGCCCGUCAACUUCGACAACGAAGAUGAGCUCGUCGAGGCUCUCAAGGGCCAGCAGUUCCUCAUCAUCACACUCGGCGCUCGCGCUCCUAAGGACCUUCACUCGCGGAUAGUCAAGGCCGCGAUCAAGGCUGGCGUGGAGUACAUCGUCCCCAACGCCUAUGGUGCAGACAUCAAGAACGAGGUCUUGGUCAAAGAGGAGAUGCUCACUGGCCAAUACGCCGCUCUCUGCAACGAGAUCGAAUCCCUCGGCGGAAACUACAUCUGCCUCGUCUGCGGCCCCUGGUACGGCUGGGGCUUCAACAUGGGCGAGGCCGGGUUCGGCAUCGACAUCAAGAACAAGAAGGUCACCUUCUUCGAUGACGGCAACACCAAGGUUAACCUCAGCACUUGGGACCAGUGCGGCCGCGCCAUCGCCGGCCUCCUCGCCCUCCCCGAGUCCGAGGUCGCUAAGUACAAGAACAAGCCCAUCUACACUUCGAGCUUCAGGGUCAGCCAGCGCGACAUCCUCGACAGCUUGAACCGCGUCUCUGGCACUACUGACGCCGACUGGGAGAUCAAGUACGAAGAGUCCGCCAAGCGUGUCGCUGAGGGCAAGGAGCUGUUGUCAAAGGGCGACUUCUCGGGCUUCGCAAAGGCCAUGUACUCCAGGUUGUUCUACCCCAACGGAGACAGCGACUACGAGAGCAGCAAGGGAUUGGCCAAUGAGCAGCUCGGUCUCCCCAAGGAGGACCUCGAUGCCGAGUCCAAGAAGGUCGUGGAAGCUGUCCAGUAGAUUACUCUGUGCGAGUCUCACUGGUCAGAAGUCCGAAAGAUGAAUGAAUGGGAUGAGAAGUUAAUAGCGUUUAGCGGUAAUGGGCAUAUGGGGUUAUCUGAACCAAUCAAUCAUGCCUCAAAUCAUAGAGAGGAAGUUUCUUCUUUCACGGAACCUCCAGGUUGGGUGGAUGCGGAAAUCUGCAUCCAAUAGAAAAAUGGGAUACUCAAUAGAUAACUUUCUCCAAAUCAAUUGAACAUUUAC